AGUCUACCAUUGACCAGCAUUGGCUCCAUUCCGUUCUAUGUGUUGCGUUCGCGUUCGAUGUUCUUCCAUAGCAUUCCAUAGUUCCAUGGCUGUGGCUCUAAUGGCCCUUACAUGUUAAGUUUAUAGUUAUGACUUUGUUUAUAAAUCAUAUAGGUAUUUUACUUAACGUUGCGACGCGGUGUCGUAAAACAACUUAUGGAAAAUUGCAUAGUGAGUGAAAAUAUUAAUAAUGACUUCCUUUCGCAGUCUUAUACCCAAGGUAUCGAAAGGAUUACGGGAACCAAAGACAAUAAUUUUCAAAUACCAAAAGAAAUUUUGGAAAUUCGGGAGAGAACUUGGGACAAUUUAUUCGAUAGAUAUUCCAAGGAGAUGUCUGAUGAUAUAGAGUUAAAUGUUGAGACUUUAGAACCUGAAGAAGAAGAAGAAGAAGAAGGAGGAGGAGGAGGAGGAGAAGAAAAAAAAGAAGAGAAAAAAGUAAUUAGCGAGGAAGAGUAUAGUUGUGGACAGCGAAUACCUAUGCGUAAACCAGCGACUUUAGUACAGUACUGGAUAGAUACUGGUAAUCCACCUUAUAAAGCGCUUCUAGAUGACAAUGAAUUGUCUGAAACUGGUUCAUCUUUGAGCGAGAAAGAAAUUACAUCUCCAUUGGUGUCUCCAGUCAUAAAUGCAGUAAAUACAGUAAAUACAGGUGGUAAGCAAAAAUGUGAAGGAAAUGACUCGUCUUGCAGUUCUGUAGAUACUGCUGCUUACAUUUUAUCAAAUGCAAAUAUCACAAAGAAAGCAGAUACUAUAGCUAUUAUAGAAGGUGCAAAAUGCAUGGAGGUUAAAUCCCUGAAAGAGGAUAUACGAGUUCCAACAUCUAACGAUAUGAUUGAAUAUAUGGAAACUACAAGAAUUAAUCGUGCAAUGACACACAAUGACGAUGACGAUGUUGAGGUUGAUGUUGAAGUUUUAGAUACUGAAUUGUAUCCAAUGUCAUCAGAAAUAUAUGAUAGACCAGCAGCAGCCACUAGCACCUUAGUAUCUGCUAACGCAAAACAAUCGAAUAUGUAUUCGCAGAGUUUAUCUUGUGAGGAAACGGAUAAAAUAAAUGAGUCUGAUGCCAGUCAAAGAAAAUUAGAUGACAUUGCAUUCAUUUUUCGGCAAUUUCAUAAAACGUCAAAACGAUUAAUCGAGAAUGAUAAAAGUAAUGAUGUUUCAGAUUCAGAUGGAGGUAAGGCGGUGGAAAUGGAUUUUCCAGCAAGCGAGAAACAAGUAUCGGAAAAUAUCGCGGCUGAAAUUAUUGCAAAAAAUACAAGUUUGACAGGUUUCCAUCGUAAGAAAUUAUACACAGGCAGGGAUUCCCCUGUAGAUCUAAUACUCACCGAAACACAUAGUACAAAUAGAUUAUCUGGAGCAAGACAAAGUUUACAUCCUGCUUUAGAUUCCAAUGGUACUACUAUUCAGAGAGAAUCUGCAUCCUUAAUAACUCAUAAAGGCAAAAAUAAACCUUUACUUUCUGCUAAACGGAAUCUUGGUUCUAAGAAAGUCAAGAAGAGCAAAGAGAGAAGAGAACUUGAUUGUACUUCCAAUAAAAGUAUUACAGACAUUAGUAACAGGUGUACGAAUAGCAAGCAAGUUCAAGAUUCCACUAUUGACAGCUCUCUCAAGAGUUCAGUAUCAGGCCUCCAUGAUAAUUCCACGGAUAGACAAGACGACAUUCCAUUUCGUCGGGAAUACAACGGGAACGCAAAUAAUAUUUCUGUAAAAAAUGAAAAAUUUGACACACAAAAUUUAGCGUCCCUUAAUCUAAAGCCAAUUGUACUUUUAGAGCGGAUUAAGCCUUCUCUCAAUCGAUGCAAACUCAAAUUCGAGAAUACACACAUCGCGAAAGAAAAAGGCGUACACAAUCGAAGGCAUUUAAAUAAAUCGAAAAAGUUGUAUUCUUGUACGAUUGAAAAUCUGGAAUUAGAAACGAUAGAUAGCGACGAAAGUACCAUUCUUAUUUGCCAAUGUAAUGUAAAUGCAUCGCAACGUGCCUCUUCUUUGAAUGACUGCUCUCUUGAUUUGGAAUUGAAUAUUGAGGACGACCUUUCUGCUUCGAAUUCACAAAAGAAUGAUGACAAGCUAUCGAAUUUAAAAGAGAAUUUAUUCAGUAUGAAUAAGAAUAAGGAGCCACAAUCGUCGUUAAAGGUAGAUUAUACAGAUACAGCAAUGAAAUCCCAAGUUUCGAAUAAGAAUAACACUAUCUGGCAAAAUGCGUUAUCAAAUAAAUCUAAAACAUAUUCCCACUUAUACCACGGAAGAAACGAAAUGGCUAACGUGAAACUACGAGAGAUUAAAGUUGUAUUGGAACGAUUACCACUAUCAGUAAAAAAUUAUAGUACAAUGAGGGAAAUGCAAGAUUUAAAUAAAAAUGAUACCAUUUGGCUGGAAAAAGAGAUAUCAAAUGAUUCUAAAAUGCAUUCUUCUAAUCCAUAUGGAACAAACGAGAAAGAUAAUGUAAAAUUGCGGGAAAUUAAAGUUAUAUUGGAGCGAUUACCUGCGAAUGUAUAUCUUAAGGAGAGCAGCGAUGUUACAAAUACAAAUAUUUUUCCUAAUAAAAAGAUUUCGCAGAAUCGAAGGACAGGCCUACAAGCUAAUCAUAAACGAGAACCUCAAAUUAAGAAAAUUUCUCAAACUCUGGCUUGUGAAAAUGGAGUAGCUGUUGAACCAAUCCGUAAUUUGAAUAACAACAAUUAUUCAUUGCGAAUGAAUACCAAAUCCAAGAAAAAUAAUCAAAUAAAUGAUACACUGACUAACAUUGUUGUAGAUCAUAGAAAUCAAGUUUUCAAGGAUAAAAUAGAGUCAGAUUCUACAUUUCAACAUAAGAAUCAUAGCAAAACAAGCCAAGAUAACCAUAGUAAAUAUUCAGUUUUAACUUUUACAUCAUCAGAUGACGAUGAUUUUGUUGGAUCGAUUCAACAUCCCCGAAAAAAGUCAAAAGUGUCGCCAGAUGACAAUGUAUUAGGCGAACGAAAAAAGGUCGUUGAAAAGGAUUUAUGUAGAUCUCAGACCAAGCGGUUUACUAUUAGCGAUAGAGACGAAUAUAGAAGAAAUUUAAGUACGAUAAUUUGUUCGUCGGAAAGAACGUCGUCGGUAGGACAAAGGGACAAUGAAUCGAUAAAAGAGAAAAAAGGAAAACAUAAUGGAGUUGAUGUCGAGAUGAAAUCUUUUGGUAAUACACAGACGGCAACUGCCUCCUUACAGUCUAUACAUAAAAAUGAAGGCUUUGUAUUUUUCUCAAGUGAGGAUGACAACGAGUGCAGUGUUGCUGAUAAUUUAGAUAAAGCUAAGGAAAAAAAUGUGUUUUUUGAGAAGAAAAAUACAAAUAAUCGACGUAAUCGUAAAAGGCGUUCAAAUGGAGCGGUAAAAAAGAAUGUAAUAGAUCGUAAAAAUAAUGUUCACGUUAUAUUCUUCCAAACAAACACAUUGCAUACAAACUCUUCUUCAGCUUCUGAAGAAAGCAACAAUUAUACUUCAUCUACUUACAAACAAGUGUUAAACAAGCGUUCUACUCGCAAUAGAUUGCGACAUCAUAAUCGUACCAAUUUUGAGGAAAGCUUUAAUGAUUCUAUUGCGAAGAGGUACAGCAACAAAAGACAUUUAUGCUCAAUGAAUUCUUCUCCUGAAAUGCAUAACAGAGCACACGAUGUAAAAACUAGAUCGAAAUCAAUCGACAAAGAAGUUAAAACGAACCAUCGAUUACCUAAUGAAGAAUCUAAUGGUGCUCUAGGAAAAGAUCCGUCUUCCUCUUCUUUCAUAAAUGAUAUACAAAAAGGAACGUUAUCAAAUACUUUGGAAAUACUCGAAGAAACUAAUCUUGAUAAUUUAACGAAAAUUAAAAAAAUCUCGGACAAAUCUAAGAAUUUAGUAGUUAAUCAGCAGGCUAAUGUUACAUCUACGGUAAAAAAAUUGUUAACGUUUCAAACUAAAAGUUAUUACGAUUCUUCCGAUUCAAGCGAAACUAUGUAAUAAUUUUCAAAAAAUAUGUGGCAAGACUCUAAAACUGUAUUACGUUUGUAAAAUGUAUAAAGAAUGUAUAAAAAUGUAUAGGUGUGAGAGAAAGAAAAUGUAUAAAUGCAUAGAGAAAAGAAAUGCGUGAUUUUAUGAAAGUGAUUUAGACAUAGAUCUAUGUAUGCGGAGAAUUAGUAAGUCGAUAUCGGAUAUAAAAUAAGCUUGACGUAUGUAUUAAAUGAAUAGCGUAAUACAAUAAAAAGUGAAUAUAGUGUAUUGUUUUAGAGAGAGAGAGAGAGAGAGAGAGAGAAGUAAGAGAGGGGAUAGAAGUAUAUACAUAUCCUCUCCUUUUUCAAUCUUUCCUUCCUCUUUCACAAGUCACAGGACUAUAUAACUAACAAGUAGAUUCAAAAUAUUAAGUAGAGUAGAGAACAGAGUGAGUAUAGACAAAGUAUAUUUUUUAUUU